UAUUUAAACAAGCGGCAAAACAACGAGCCGCAGAACUACACAAACACUCUGACCGGACCCACGGAGAGAGACGCGUAGAGAUAAAAAGAAAGCGCUGUGUGUGAGUGCGUUUUGUGAACUGUGACCACUCUGCCCAGCGCGUGCUAUACGCAGAGCCACGCGCAGAUUUAGUGGGUCCUCAAGCUACUCUCGAGGUCACGCGUUGACGAGGAGAGCAUAUAACGGCUUAGUAUCAUUUCAAAUAACACAGAGUCCAUGGCUGCCCCCGCACACAGCAUCUGCUUGUGGAUGUUGGUUCUGGGCAUGUGUGUGUCAUUGGUUGUUGGAACAGACUGUGGGAAGGAGUGUGCACUGUGUGUGUACCGUCUGCUGGAACAGCAAUCUGGUUUCUUCUCCCUGACAUGCUCACGUGAGUGCGAUGGUGGGUUGGACAGCCAGAAGCUCCGUCUAUGCCGUGACUUCCUAUUGGAGGAGGAAAACCACAUUCCUCUGAAUGCUGACCCCCGUCAACAGCAGGAACAGGAAGCAGCAGGCACCAUGUCAGAUGAUGAUAAGGACGUGACAUCACCAGAGCACCAGCUGGCCAAGAAGUAUGGCGGCUUUAUGAAGCGCUACGGUGGUUUCAUGUCUCGCCGCUCUUCCUCUCCAGAAGGGGCACUCAAGGAUCCUGGAAACCAGGAUGAGGAAGAAAACAUUCGCCUGGAGAUCCUAAAGAUCCUCAAUGCUAUGGUUGAGCACAGUGAUGGGGGGGAUGGUCAGGGAGGUGAGGCAGUGAAGAGAUAUGGAGGCUUCAUGCGUCGGGCUGAAGAAGGGGUGGCGCAGGGUGACCUGCUGGAAGCAGUGUUAGGCCGUGGGCUCAAGAAGCGUUACGGAGGGUUUAUGAGGCGUGUGGGAAGGCCUGAGUGGCUGGUGGACAGUAGCAAGAGUGGGGGGGUAAUGAAACGGGCUUGGGAAAACAACAGCGAGUUACAGAAAAGGUAUGGGGGUUUCAUGGACUAGGACACCACAGUCAUGAUCUAUCACUCCACCCAUUCCUCCAAGCCUAUUAUCUUCACAUCAGUCACCUUGUAGUAUGGACUGAAUCAAUUGACCACCUGCUCUGCUAAUUACAUUGCAUCAUCAGGCUUUGUAUAACGUGCUGCUGCCUACUUCAUUGGUUCAAUUGAUCCUGUAAUGAUAAAAAAGAUGUUGUUCAGAUGUACGCAAAUUCAUUUUUGGUCUGCUUUUAGUUUUCAUGAUGAUAUUAUUUAUUAAAUGAAUCUGUUCAUUGAGG